AUUGGAGUUAUUUAGGGUUAAAGUGGGAAAUAAGAACUUGAAUGGUUUGUUUUCCCAAAGUCUAAACUCGUGGCUUGAAAUCCCCAACUCUCACAUUCUCCUCUUUUAAAACAAUUUGAGCUUGGAGAAGAGAAAGUGCCAAGAUUUAAAGAGUUUUAUCCCCAACUCUCACAAUCUCUCCUCAUAGGAAACAAUUUGAGCUUGAAGAAGAAAACGUGUGACGAUUUAGAGAGAUUUAAGUAGAUAGAUCAUCCGAUACAUUCUAUGUUUCUAUUAGUAAAUCAAAGAUUCAAUGUAAGUAAUCAUCCAUCUAGUUCUCUAACUUGAAAAAUGGAUAUUUAGAAAAAUGGCUUUCUGUAUAGAUUUUCCAAUAUGAACAAAUAGAUAUCGAACGAUAGUCAUUACGAAACCAAGCAUAACAAGUUUCGCUAUAUCACGUGACUAUUGAUUGAAACAAGAAAUUGUCACGUGACAGCACUGAAGAAAGCAAUUUGACGAUUUUCGAGGAAGAACGAUGACACAAAGCCGGAGCAAUAGCAGUAAGCCUGCGAUCAUCUCGGAAGAACAACAGACCAACACACACACAAAUACCAACACUGAGAGUAUCGAAACCCUAGCUGAGAAGCCAGAGAAGGAACCCGAAUUAAUGGUGAAGAAACGAGUUCCAGAUUGGCUCAACAAUUCUAUGUUGUCUUCUCCAGCCCCUGUCGUAUCUCCACCGUCGAAAUCACGAUCCCAAUCGCCGCCUCCGCCUUCUUCGUCACACCACGAUCUCCUUGCCAGUUACACUUCCAAAUCCUCCUCCGUUUAUUCCUAUAAUUCGUCUACUGUGAUUCAACCCCCUGUUCCGAUUCCGCCUCCCACUUUUAUCAGGCCCGAACCUCCGACUAAACCCGCACGCACUCCAAGGACGGAUUUUAGGGAUCCAUUAACACGUAGCAGCGAUAGUGAUAAUGACAUUAGUUCUUCUGUCGAAGACGCUUCUCGCCAAACCAAUCUAAUACAAGCGCUUUCGAGGAAGAUUAUAAACAUGCGAGAACUGCGUCGACUUGCUUCAGAGGGGAUUCCGGAUAGUGCUGGCAUUCGUUCAACUGUAUGGAAGCUGUUGUUAGCUUAUCUUCCUUGUGAUAAGGCGCUUUGGUCCUCAGAGUUAGCUAAGAAGAGGUCUCAAUACAAUCAAUUUAAAGAGGAUUUUUUGAUGAAUCCAUCAGAAAUCACAAGGAAACUGGAAGACUCUGCAUCUCUUCAAAAUGGUGAAAACACAAGUGAAGGCAAGGGUUUACUUCCAAGGUCAGAAAUACCUCAUGGAGAGCACCCUUUAAGCUUAGGGAAGACUAGCGUUUGGAAUCAGUUCUUUCAGGAUACUGAAAUCAUUGAUCAGAUAGAUCGUGAUGUGAAACGCACUCAUCCAGACAUCGAUUUUUUCUGUGGUGACUCUGCUUCUUCAAAAGCCAAUCAGGAUUCUUUGAGAAAUAUACUGAUGGUUUACGCAAAGCUGAAUCCAGGGAUAAGAUAUGUGCAAGGGAUGAAUGAAAUAUUGGCCCCUUUGUUCUAUGUGUUCAAAAAUGACCCUGAUGAGGAUUACUCUAGGAAUGCUGAAGCAGACACAUUCUUUUGUUUUGUGGAGUUAUUAAGUGGGAUUCGUGAUAAUUUUGUUCAGCAACUUGAUAAUAGUGUUGUUGGCAUCCGUUCAACCAUCUUAAAGCUGUCACUCCUCUUGAAGGAACAUGAUGAAGAGCUAUGGAGACAUCUUGACAUCACCACAAAAGUGAACCCACAAUUCUAUGCAUUUAGAUGGAUCACUCUUCUGUUGACACAAGAAUUCAUUUUCACAGACAGUCUUCAUAUAUGGGACACCCUGUUAAGCGACCCUGAAGGUCCACAAGAGACAUUGUUACGCGUUUGUUGUGCGAUGUUGAUUCUUGUGAGGAGGCGUUUGCUUGCUGGUGAUUUCACAGCCAAUCUGAAGCUACUUCAGAGUUAUCCAUCAACGACAAAUAUCAGUCAUUUGCUAUAUGUAGCCAACAAACUGCGCUCUCAUCAUCAUCCCUGAUUCCAUACAUUUUCUAUACUUUUUCUUCUAGUCACACUGUGUAAAUGGUACCCAAUUGUACACCCAACCAAAAAUACUAUACAAUUAUCAAUCAGGAUACACGUUUUAUUUUUUGCUUAAUCAACUUAAUUAGGAGAGAUAUAUAAUGAUUCUUCUUUUUUUCACUUAACCAUUAAC